GGUCACGUGAAGGCCUGCCCGCCCCGCCGCGGCCAUGACACUGUCCUGAAGGAAGGGUGGGGGGGAAGGGGGAGGAUGACGACGAAACAAUAACAAGGCAGUUACUCUCGUCUCAUUCCUUACGAGUCCGCCACCGGGUCUUGCAGAUGUGAGGAACCCGUUCCUUGCCCCGCCCGUCCUCCAUUCCGUACGUGCCGCGGGUGCCUUCUAGGUCGCCGGCGCCGCCGCGCUGAGGGGGGAGGGGGCUCUUGCCUCAGCAACGGUUCGAAGGGGGGGAGGAAGGGGAGGGCCGAGCGAGCGUGGCCGUCACGUGACGCGGAGGGAGCGAGACGGCGUGACGCAAUCGCCAGCCGCAUUUGGAUGACGCCUGCCAAGGGGCGGAGGAGGGAAGGGGCGGUGAAGUCACGCGCGCUGCGUUGUGUUUGGAGGCGGGGCAGGCCGGGCAGGAGAGCCGAGCAGCUGACAGGCGGGUGGGGCUGGCGGGGAAAGCCGACCUGUAGCCGGGAGCGGAGGCGAACCGCGCUCCCGAAGCCGACUUCCAGGCUGCGGCAUUAUUGUCCCUCAGGUGGGCGCUUGUUAUCCCGCCCCCUCCUUUCCCUGGGGGAGGGUUGGAAGGGGAGAGGGCUCCGCAGGUGCCCCGCGUGCUUCUCUGCUGCCAGGUGUGCAGAGGCGGCUGAGGGGUUUCGGUUUGGGGCCUUCCGCUGAAGCUCAGUCUCGCUUCCUUAUUUCUUCCCUCUGACGUUAUUCGCCGGUAGAACCAAUGUCUUUCUCUUUCCUUUUUUAAGCGACUUGCGAUCUUUUGGCUUUGGGUGCCAUCCCCAAAUCUUGUACCUAGCAAAUGGCUUUACAGUGGUACCUCAGGUUAAGUACUUAAUUCGUUCCGGAGGUCCGUACUUAACCUGAAACUGUUCUUAACCUGAAGCACCACUUUAGCUUCGCCGCCGGAGCCCGAUUUCUGUUCUUAUCCUGAAGCAAAGUUCUUAACCUGAAGCACUAUUUCUGGGUUAGCGGAGUCUGUAACCUGAAGCGUAUGUAACCCGAGGUACCACUGUACAUGGUGUUCUUCGGCUCUCAUAAGGUUGGACCAAAGUGCGUUCUGGAGUGCAGAGUCCGCUUCCUUAUCCAUAGGUGACUGAUCUCUUUUGUUGGGGUGGGGAGGCAAUCCUUUCGGAAGUGCUUUGGGUCAAUAGGGCACAUCAUAGGAGAUGAAUUUUCCUUGGUAAGGAGUUGGAGCAUCCAUGCUUCAAAUCCCAGUUACUUUUUCGGACCGCAGGUCUGGUACAAAAGUAAUGACUUGUAUGCAGUGCUUUUUUCCUAGAAAAAUAGGCGCCGGUACUCACUAUGAAGUUGUUACAGUAAGUGCCACACUUUUUAACAACAACAAAAGAGGUGCCGGUACUGCCUAACCUUGAGUACCCCCUGAAAAAAAAGCAUUGCUUGUAUGGAAUUGGCAACAACCAUCUACGUUUCUGUUGUGCUAUGCUUUGCAUUUGGUUCAUAUAUGGUGACAAUGGAAGGUUCCUUUUUCUUACUGAAUUUAUGUGGGUUGGAGAAGAGCUUGGAAGAGAAAAGUGUGUUCUUUGUUAUGAUCGAGUCUUUCCUAUUUAAAGAACAAAAAAAUCCCCACAUUAAGCUGCUCUGCUUUCAAGUAUGUGAGCAUGUUUUGGAUCUCAUCUUUGAACUAGGUUUGUGGGUUGAUGCUGAUAUCUGUUGGUUAUGCCAAUGUACUGGGGCCAUUUUUCUCAUAGAAGGUGCACCCCAAAUUCUUAUGAGAUGAUUUACAAGUACAUUAUUGUGUUGUGUUUGGCAUGUGCAGUCCAGCCCUUUCUGUGUGAAUGUUUGAAGUGAGUUCCCUCUGAAUUCAGUUCCCCUGAUUCAGUUCAAUCUGGAAUUGAAGCUAUAGAAAGUUGAAGGGUUCAAUAUGCUUACCAGUUUUGGAUCAGUCAGCUAAUUAGUAGUUGUGUAACUGAUAUCCAUCUGUCUAUGGUUCAGUGUAUUUGCCCUAUCAUAGAAGUCUUAGCAAUGUUAAAUUAUGUACCUUCACAGAAGAAAUAAAUGUAUAGGAAUCCAAAUGUUUAACAAGUGAAGAAGUUGUAUUUCACAUUUUUAUAUUUCAUUUUGAUAGGUGGAGCUGCAAAAUGAAACAAUAACAAACUUUUGAGAGACUGUUGUAUCUUUCAUGCCAGUGAUGUCUAUGCCUGUGGUACCUGAAUCUUGCAGCCAUGUAUUGGCAGAGUUUGAGUGCCUCAGUCCACUCCUUUCUGCUCUCAGGCUGGAUUCUAAUCGUCUGAAGGUGCGUUCAAGUCAUAAUUGCUAUAAUGUUGAUAUUUGCUUAACAGCAUUUAGAAAUACCAUGUACAGUGGUGCCCCGCAAGACGAAUGCCUCGCAAGACGGAAAACCCGCUAGACAAAAGGGUUUUCCGUUUUCAAUGCGCUUCGCAGGACGAAUUUCCCUAUGGGCUUGCUUCGCAAGACGAAAAUGUCUUGCGAGUCUUGAGAUUUUUUUUCCGCUUCCCCCCCCUUUUUCUAAGCCGCUAAGCCUUUAAUAGCCUUUUAGCAGCUUAGCCGCUAAGCCUUUAAUAGCCGCUAAACCGCUAAUAGCGCUAAUCCGCUAAGCCGCUAAUAGGGUUGCUUCGCAAGACGAAAAAACCACUAGACGAAGAUACUCGUGGAGCGGAUUAAUUUCGUCUUGCGAGGCACCACUGUACUUGUAGUUCAUAGCGUACAUUCCAAGGUGGAAACUGUAGACAUCCACUGGCAGAAAAUUUUACAAGAAGCUUUGAGGCUAAAGUAGGAGUUCUCAAUCAUAAAGAGAAUUAAAAGACAAAUGUUAAGAGGAUAAUAUUCUGAAUGUGGGGAGAACUUGAUGGUAAAACUUUCUGCUUAUUUUUGAAGAGAAGAUUUUAUCUGUUUAAUGGAUUUCACAAAUUAUUUUAUCAAGUAGAAGGAAAAUAUGCAAGAGUUGGUACUGUACUAUUUAUUGGAGAGUAUAAUUUAGGGCACUGUUAGUCAUACUCUGUAAUUGUAAGGGCGCAAGGAAAUGUCUCUUUCAUUUAGAAAGAUACCACUACAGACUUCAACAGAAAUUUGUAAGUGGUUUAUAUUUCUUUACAGGAGAGACAAUACCUUGUUGCUGUCAUGCUAAGCAGUUCAUAGCAAGACAUUUUUUGACCCAUGUGCUGUUAUAAUGGAUCAGUAGUAAGAGUGAAAUAGAGUCCCCAUUCCAUGAAAUAUUUUUUUUUCUUCCUCAGUAGAACUGAAAAUAAAACAAGUAUAAUUAAUGUCAGUAUUUUCUUUCAGCAACCGGCUGGUUUUUAACCCUAUCCUUUUUCUCUUUUCUAAAGUGCACAUGUAUAGCAGUUUCUCAAAAAUGGUUGGCGCUAGGAAGCUCUGGUGGAGGCCUGAAUCUAAUCCAGAAAGACAGCCGGAAACAGAGACUUUUUCUCACUCAUAAGGUAAGAUUGAAGGAACGCUUCUAAGAAACCUCAGGCUAAGAAUGAAAUGUUAUUUGCAGACACUGAGAAGGUUGUUUCAUUAAAGCAUACCACAAUUUUUUUAUUUAUUUUAGAGACAAUUUUGUAUCUCAUUUACAAAAUUCAGAAUAUCUCACCACGUCAUACUUGGAGCAGAGCCACUGCAAUCAGUGGCCUUAAGUGCCUUGAUUUCAGUGAUCUACUCUUGAGUGUGAGCUAGUUGGAUAUCACCCCAAGUCUUUUCAGCUGCUCUUUCAGGCUUUAGAUGACUAAGAAAAUCUUCUAAAUUGUGAAUUGUAGCUAAUGCAGAAAUCAGAACUAGAAUUUUGGAUCAAGAAGACCAAUAAGACACUAAAACUAAAUUAUUAUUUUUUACCAUCCUUCACUCAAAGAUCACAGGGCGGUUUACAAUAUAAAAACACAAAAAUACAUACCAUAAUAACAAAAAACCCCUUCCCAGUUCUAAAGGCCAUUAGCCAAAUGCUUAGGAGAACAGGAAUGUUUUUGCCCAGUGUCUAAGCAUAUAUAAUGAAGGCGCCAAGUACGCAUCACUGUGGAGAGCAUUCUACAAACUAGAAGUCAUUGCAGAAACGGCCUGUUUUCAGGUUGCCACCAUCCAGACCUCUUAUAUUCAGCCUAAUAAGGUAGCUUAUAAGUAAUAAAAGUGAAAAUGCAUUAAUAUAAUCACACUAAAAAUAUCAAAGCAUUAAAUCACCAGAAUCUUUCCCACAGGGCAGCUGGUGAGAUAAAGGGAUAGUCCACCUAGUGAUUUUUAUUUUUGCUUCCCUCUUUCAUGUGUCAAAAAUCAAGUAGGGAGUGGGCAAUGAAUAUGAAAAAAAUGCAUAGCAGCUACAAAUCAGGCUUUGCUGGGGCACUAAAUAUUAAUAGGACAAAUCUGCUUUAUCUCCUGGUAGGAAGGUGCCAUUUCCCGCAUUGCCUUUUGUUUACAUGAUGAGGACUAUGUUGCUGUAGCUACAAGGUGAGAACAGUUAUUUAUGUAUUUGAAACAAGUUGGAUUAUUGUUUUGGGGCUAUAGUACUGGGUUAUUUUUUGGGAAAUGGUAGAGUCAUUUCAAUAAUGCAAAUAAGGGAAUCCAUUCUGAUGAUGAAAAUAAUGUAAACAUUUAGGGGCUAACCAUUUUAAAGUAUAGCAUAUUUAUUUGAGCACAUGUACUCCAUCUUCCUCUUCCCUUCAUUUGUGGGAGGCUAGGCUCUUCCACUUCUGCUUUGCUCUUGCUACCAAAAGCAACCAGCUGUGAUUUGUUUAGACCUCAGACCUGGAUCUGAAAUGGAGCAAACACAAGCCAGCAUUUGCUGCAUUCAACACAAUGCCAAACUGGUUUGCAGCAAACUAUAAGUGGAAGGGUUAUAUCUGUUCCUUUUAUUAUUCAUUGUUGUAGUUAGAUUUUAAUGUAUUUUGCUGUUUACUGUUGGGAUAUUGAUCUGUUGUUUGCAGUUUAAACAGUCUGGGAUUUUUUAAUGGAGAGUGGCCUAUAAACCAUAUUAAUAAUAAAUUAAUAAAAGCUUCUUUUCUCUUCUCACAUGCAAAUGAAUGGGAAGAGGAGGCGGGAGGCUGAGGCUCACUGUGGCUUAUUGUUCAAAUGACAAUCCAUUAUUUGUCAUUAUGUCUGAACCAGGCCAGUGUCUCUUAAGCUGAGAGAGAUGCAGUAAGUUCAUGAGCUGACAAAUCAGAAGAACUUGGAUUUAUUUCAGUUUUCUACAUUUUCAAGUACUGUACAGUAUUUGUUGAAUAAAUUUAUUGUAAGCUGCUUAAGUGGCAUACACAGGUUGUAUAAAAUAAAUAUUUGUAUGUAGGUUCUGAACAUUGUUAAAUAUGUGAGGGUUUGUGAGAAGAUGGCAGAUUUUUAUUUUAAUUUUAGUAAUUUAGUUAUUAUAUUCUACAGCCAAGGCCUUGUUGUUGUCUGGGAAUUGAAUCAGGAACGUCGUGGGAAACCAGAAAGGAUUUAUGUGUCCUCUGAGCACAAAGGCAGAAAAAUAACAGCUCUUUGUUGGGAUACUAGUGCAUUUCGUGUUUUUGUUGGUGAUCAUGUGGGCAAAGUGUCUGCCAUCAAGAUUAAUACAUCCAAACAAGGAAAGGUAAAUUUUCAGUGAGAUUUUUGAACAUAAGAGCAGGCUUCUACACAUCUUGGCUGGUCUAAGCCAGAUUUUGAGGCUACUAGGAUCUUCCAAGGCUGAGAGGAAGACUGAGGCUAGUGAAUCAUAUAGUUUAUCACAGUACUUCUGAUGUGUUGGAGAAUCACCAAAGGGGAGAAUAAUAUACACAAGCCCCUGUUGUCAUCCUGAUCUUCGUUGGCCUGGCAUUUCUGAGAUUUUCCAAAGACAUCCAGCUUGGAUGUGGGAAAUGAUCUCUUGUACACUCCCCAAUUCCAACCUUAGGAAGGAACAUAGGCCUUACCACAUUUACUGCAAUGGUGAGGAAUACUUACCAUGAGAGAGGAGUACUUACCAUGAAAGUAGCUAGAGUAUAUGCAAACUCGUGCAUAAAGGGAAACAUUCAACUGUAUGUGGCUUUUGUGCCCAAACUUACAGAAUUAAGCAGGUGGUCACAUGUAGAUCUUGAUAAUCUUAUUUGCAUUACAUGAGCUGUAAAAAUUGUAAUGUCUGAAUUCUGAUACAAACAUUUUGUUGCAAAAAGACAAAAUAUGAGGACAAAAUUCUGGAAGCUGCUUUGCAGUUCAUGUUUUAUUUCUCCAUGCUUAAGCCUGGGUCUUAUUGAUCCUUAGAUACUGAUGAGCAUUUAGAACUCCAGAGAGGGUAUCCAGGCAGUUUUAAAAUAAAAUGAAAUGCAACCUGAACAAUAUGAAUUUUAUUUGUGUAUUUUUCCAGUUUCAUGUAAUCAAUUUUGCAAGUCUAUUUUUCCUUUAGUGCUGAAAUAAUUCACUGUACAUUUCUCCUUUACCUUUCUUUAGGCUACCACUGCAUUUGUGAUGUUUCCAGUUCAGAUUAUAACCACUGUUGAUUCUCGUGUGGUUCAGCUUGAUUAUUUGGAUGGAAGGUUGCUUAUCUCUUCUCUUACCCGAUCUUACUUAUGUGACACUGAGAGGUAAUUAAUGUACUCUAAAGUAAUGCUGGUGUCAUUCUAGGUUUGAUUCUCUGCAGAUCAUCUGCAACUCUACUUUUAACAUUAAUUUGCACCUAGUAAUAAGUAGUAAUCAUUUUGUCACAUUUCUGAAGAAAUAGAGCAGAAUCCACCUAACUCCAGGGCUUCUGCAACAGAGCUCCCCCUGUCUGCUGAAAUUGGUUCUGGGAGGUUGGGAGAACCCCCUAGAACAGCGCAUGAGAGGGAACUCUUCAAUCUGGCAGACUGAUAUGCUGGUGCAGACAGAAAAUUUGCAGUUGCGUGAUGUUGAAUUCCACACACAAUUUAGUUUAUUCGUGUUUUAAUUUUUGUUUUUUGUUAUCAAGUCAUCUGGAGCUGCUAGUAAAGGUAAAGGGACCCCUGACCAUUAGGUCCAGUCGUGACCGACUCUGGGGUUGCUGCGCUCAUCUCGCUUUAUUGGCUGAGGGAGCCGGCGUACAGCUUCCGGGUCAUGUGGCCAGCUUGACUAAGCCACUUCUGGCGAACCAGAGCAGCGCACGGAAACGCCCUUUACCUUCCUGCCGGAGUGGUACCUAUUGAUCUACUUGCACUUUGAUGUGCUUUUGAACUGCUGGGUUGGCAGGAGCAGGGACUGAGCAACGGGAGCUCACCCCGUCGCGGGGAUUCGAACCGCUGACCUUCUGAUCGGCAAGUCCUAGGCUCUGUGGUUUAACCCACAGCGCCACCCACGUCCUGUGUAAAAAACCCAAUGCUAACUGCUCACUACAUCUCCUCCUCUGAGGCAUCACUACAAAUAUGGUUUUGCCAUAGGCCUCUCCAUCGUUUAACUGUUUCUCCCUCACCAUGAAUCAAUUAGGGACCCAUGUCAUUAUCUUCUCCACUCCAAGGCAUAAUUGCCAAAUAUAUGCCCAACUGCUGGUUGCCUCCUCCAUUGCUCUUUGGAAGGGAAUACUCUUUUCUGCAGAUGUUCUUGAAUGAAUAAAUGCCAGUUCAAUUUCAGCCGCAUGCUCCUCAGUUGCCAACUUUAAUCUAUGUAAAAAAUGUGUCAACUGUGAAGAUACGCAUGUCAUUUCAUUCCACAAUGAUUAAAACAGGAUUUCCCCCCCUCCCCAAAAUGUUUUUGGUUUAUAUAGGGAGAAAUUUUGGAAAAUUGGAAACAAGGAAAGAGAUGGUGAAUAUGGAUCUUGUUUUUCCCCUGCCGGAAAGAGUUGUGGCAGCCAACAGCCUUUGAUAUAUUGUGCACGUCCUGGUUCACGGAUGUGGGAGGUGAACUUUGAAGGGGAGGUGCUAAGUACACAUCAAUUCAAACAGCUCUUGUCAUCACCGCCUCUGCCUGUUGUGACUCUAAGGUAUUGGUCAUAGCAAUAUAAUCUUUACGUGUUUGUGUUCAUCUUGAUUGUGGUUUUCCUAUGGUGGGGGAACAGUGCUGUAAUGUUUUUGACUGAGGUCAUGGGGUGGGUGAAGGUAACUUUGGCUGAUGUCAAUCAAGAGUUUUCUUAGGUUUCUGCCCUGCUUUCCAUUGAGUGUGGUGUGGUGCUUGUGGUGCAGAGAUACACAGCAGAUGUUGGUGGAGUGUAAGAUUUGAAUUAGGGCUUAGGGAGCCCAAAAUCUCAGCACAUAUGAAAGCCUAGAGCCUUGGGCUCAAUUCACAUGUUUUGCAGAGCUGCCACUUUGUGGGUACCCGUCCCCACAUUUAUGGAAGUGGUGCAUGUAGCCUGGGCCAAUUUUAACAAUGCAGUCAUCUUUUUGAACAAAUUGCUAACUUCACAGAUAUGUACCGGGUUCCUGAAAGCAACCCAGCUGUAAAGACACUGUUUGUGGUGGAUUUAUAUGUUGCUUAAUAUAACACCAAGCUUUUCAGAUGAUUACAUCUGAUUUUUGUGGGGUUCGCCAGUCCUUAAGAGAGGUUGCCAGGGAAUCACCUUCCACUGAGCUAGCUCUUCUUUGAACAUUUUUCUGGAUCCAACCUGAUAAUUUAUUAAUUGGGAACAAAUAUAUAUAUUGGUGGUGGUUUUUUUUUAAUGCAAUAGAAGAAAUAAAGUUCAGGGAAAUAUAUCUUCUCUAAACCAAACAAAUAUAAAAGGGUUCAACAACAAAAAAGAACAGCCAUACAUAACUGAGCAAUGCCAAAUAAUUCAGAAUGAUACUUCAGUUCUUGAAACAAAAAUUUAAAUAGUGCUUGAUCCAACAAUAAAAACCGAAUAAACCUAAUUGAUUAAACUUUACUUCUUUUUAAAGGGAUGAUCUGGAGUAUAAAGUUUCAGCCUGUUCCCCUCAGUCUUUGGCUUUUCCUAGGCUGCUUUAUUUGAGGUAAAUAUGAAGCCAUUUCUUCUUGUAGCCCUGCAGCUAAAACAAUUCAGAUCAGCUAAAAAAUUUAGUUGACAAAUGGUACAUUUAGGUUAAGUGAUCUCUUUCAGCUUUCUGUUAUUGCAUUUAUAUCUCACCGGCCUUCCAUGUUGCUCAGGAUAGAAACAUGUAUUUUGUCCCUGCACUAACCUUGUGUGGUAGGUUACGCUGAGUGAGACCACAUUCACACCAUACAUUUAAAGCACUUUGAUAUGAUAUUGUUGUUGUUGUUUAGUCGUUUAGUCGUGUCCGACUCUUCGUGACCCCAUGGACCAGAGCACACCAGGCACUCCUGUCUUCCACUGCCGCCCGCAGUUUGGUCAAACUCAUGCUGGUAGCUUCGAGAACACUAUCCAACCAUCUCGUCCUCUGUUGUCCCCUUCUCCUUGUGCCCUCCAUCUUUCCUAACAUCAGGGUCUUUUCCAGGGAGUCUUCUCUUCUCAUGAGGUGGCCAAAGUAUUGGAGUCUCAGCUCACGAUCUGUCCUUCCAGUGAGCACUCAGGGCUGAUUUCCUUCAGAAUGGAUACGUUUGAUCUUCUUGCAGUCCAUGGGACUCUCAAGAGUCUCCUCCAGCACCAUAAUUCAAAAGCAUCAUUCUUCGGCGUUCAGCCUUCUUUAUGGUCCAGCUCUCACUUCCAUACAUCACUACUGAGAAAACCAUAGCUUUUACUAUACGGACCUUUGUUGGCAGGGUGAUGUCUCUACUUUUUAAGAUGCUGUCUAGGCACUUUGAUAUAGUCAUGGCUUUCUCCAAAGAAUUUUGGGAGCUGGAGUUUGUUAAGGAUGCUGAGAGUUGUUAGGAGAAUGCUUUCCACCUUACAGAGCUACAAUUCCCAGAGUUUCCUGUGAAGAGGGAUUGAUUGUUAAACCACUUUAGGAAUGGCUGCUCUAGAAGGGGAAAAGGGGUCUCCAAACACCUUUCUGCACUCUCAGCUACCAUAAUUCUUUGGGGGAGCCCAUUACUGAUUAAAGGGGUUUCAUAGGGCAUUAAAUGUACCGUAUGUUGUGAAUGCUGCAUCAUGGAAGGUGUUAGAAUGUUGUCAUUCAAACUUUCAAUUUUGUGUGUGUUGUGAUCACAACAAAUUCUGGAUACCCACAUCUUUUUUCUUUACAGUGAGCACUGUGUAAUGACAUGGACAGAAAGAGGCAUUUAUAUUUUCAUUCCACAAAAUGUUCAAGUUUUGCUCUGGAGCGAAGUGAAAGGUAAAUUACAUUAUUUAUAGUGAACUUGGAUCUCUUUUAUGUGCUCUUGAAACUGUACAUACAUCAGAAUAAAGUUCACUCUGCCUUUGCGAGAAGUGAGGUUGGUACCUGUUUUGCCAUGAAUUGGAAGCUGGUGCACGCAGUGUACAGUGAGGGGAAAUGUGUUGCAUCAGGCAAAAUGGGUAAUGCUAACAAGACUUUUCUACAUGAGCAUGUACUUUAUUUCUUAAUAGCCGCAAGUGCUUGAAACAGUCCCCUGUUUUAGAUAUGGAAUGGCAUAAAGACUGAUAGGGAAGUCAGGCUUGCAUUUCUUACAAGCACUGGGACAGGCAAAUUGCACUUGUUUGUGGUGGUGAUUAUUAGCUGUGCCUGAAGAAGAAAGCAUUCUCCUAUCUAGUUUUCAUAUGUUUAUAAACAUGAACAUCUUGAAAGGUGCAAUCAGACUAUUUUAGUUAAUAUGAAGUAUAGUAUUAAACAUUGGGGAGCUCUGUACUGACUCUUGUAAUCUUCUGUUUUGCCUAGAUAUUCAUGAUAUUGCAGUAUAUAAAAAUGAGCUCUUCUGUUUGCACACCAGUGGAAAAGUCUCUCACCUUUCCCUUCUACCCGUGGAAAAAUGUAUAGAACGUUUACUUAGAAGAAGCUUUUGGACGCUUGCAGCCAGGGUCUGCUGCCUCUUCCAGAAUUCUAUUGUCUUAUGUCGGGUAAUCAAAGCUUAAUAUAUCAUUUUUAAAAAAUGUCUUUUUAAAAGCAGUUCUGACAAAUAGUAAGUCAUGUGAUGCAAAUAAAAGAUAAUCUAUUACCUUAGGAUCCAGGCCAACGUGGCAAUCAAGGAACUUCAGGGAAGGAAAGUUUUUUACACCUUGCUUCUCUCCCCCCACCCCUGCAGCAGUACCCCAAUGCUUUGAGGGUUUUGUGCUUUUUUUUUUUUACAGUCAAGCGGCGUAUAAAGUUAUGAAAUAAAUAAUAUAGUAGAUUUUAACCUGUUUAAUAAAACUUUAUGCAUUAUUAGGCAAGAAAAGCUCUUCCCAUAGAUAAGCUGGAACAUUUGAAAUCUCAGUUGGAUCUUUCAACACAAAGUGAUAUCAUUACUCACCUUGAAGAACUGAUCUCAAAGCUGGAGCCUUUAGAUUCUGCAUGCAGCAGCAGGAGGAGCAGUAUUUCUUCACAUGUAAGUGUAUUCAUAUAAAUCCAUAUUAUAGCUAUAUUUUCAUUCCCUUAAAAUUAUAUUUUAUCAGUGCCUCAUUAUAGUUAGCUUUUUAAAAAAAAAGUGGGUACAUUUCAUGCAUUUGAUAUUUAUAAUAGGAGCUAUAGUUUGGGCUGUAUUUCCUGUUCCAAGAUGCAUCUGUUGUUAUAGCAGAUUUGAAGUCACAAUGCUAAGGUAUGGAGAGAGCUUUCAUAAUACAAUAAAUAUGCAUAUAAUCAAAAUAGUCUAGGAAUAAAUGUAAUCUUGCUUGGAGGCUUUUCCUAUCUGCAAAACCAGUUUUGCCUUUUAAAAAAUAGGUAGGCAACACAAAUGUUACAUUUACACGUAUUAUAUUUUGUAUGAACACAUAUCACAUAUGCAUUACAGUGGUAGCUCGGGUUACAUACGCUUCAGGUUACAGACUCCGCUAACCCAGAAAUAGUGCUUCAGGUUAAGAACUUUGCUUCAGGAUGAGAACAGAAAUCGUGCUCCGGCAGCGCGGCAGCAGCAGGAGGCCCCAUUAGCUAAAGUGGUGCUUCAGGUUAAGAACAGUUUCAGGUUAAGUACGGACCUCCGGAAUGAAUUAAGUACUUAACUCGAGGUACCACUGUAUAUUUGAGUAAUGUUGCUUGGGCUUCUUCGUUUUAUUAGUUGCAUGUUUCCCAGUGUUUUAUUUUUAUUGUAUCGUUGGUGUUUUGUGGGUUGUAUCUAAUGGUGUCACUCACCUGACAGUAAGACUUUUGUCAGUGGAAGGAAGUAGUUUUUAGCCACUGAAUCACUCACACACCCCUAAAUCUGCUUCAGAGGCUUGCGAAAUCCUUUAGAGCAGAUUUUAGUAGGUGCAGACGCCUAUAGGGGGAAAAGCUGAAUCACUCCAAAUCAUUCCCCUCCCUGUUCUGCUAAUGGAAACCUUACUGCCAGCUGAACACCUUUUGGAUACAACCCUUUGUAUUGUUUAUUGCAUCUUAGUUCCAUUGUUCUGUUAUGUUGAUAAGCUGCCCUUAGAGCAUUUAGUCUCAAAGGAGGUAUGAAACUAUUUUAAAUAAAUAAAUUGGAGUAUUAUAAUAUCGAUGAACUCUAGAAAUAGCAAGGACACGUUCCUGCUCUGACUUCAUAUGCAUUAGGAGAGUUAAAUGUGUGCUCUUCUGUACUAAAAUCAGUGGCUUGUCUUUUGGCUGGAUCAAGUUUAUAAAGGCAGACUUUAAAAGCUUACAUUAUGAUUUCUCAACAGGAAAGUUUCAGCGUAUUAGAUUCUGGCAUUUAUCGUGUUAUUAGCCGAAGAGGCAGCCAAUCUGAUGAGGAUUCUUGCUCCUUACAUAGCCAAACUCUAUCAGAAGAUGAAAGAUUGAGAGAAUUUCACACACACCAGGAAGAAGAGCACCAGGAAUUUGGUAAUACAAACAUUUAUUAAAUACUCAUGUGUGUGUAUCCUGUAAAUAGAUGGGGAUUUGCUGCUGGCUCUGAAAACAAGGUUGUUGCUAAUUCCAGCUGUUUGGUGGCAUUCUUAGGGACUUCUACACUCCCCUACAAAUUAUCAUUUAACUUGUUUAUGUAGCGACAGUUUUGAAUGCUGGUGUCAUGUUUUCCUCCAAAGUAAUUUGUUAAAAUUAAAAGGUUGUACCUCAUCAUGUAAGUAACAGGUGAUGUAAUUCUUAGGUGGAAGUUUGAUAGUUUGUGUGAGAGAGACAUCACUGCUUCAUGUCACCUACUCUUGAUGUUGCUGCCCUGUCAUGUAAAUGAAGGUUGCUAUCCUGUUCGAUUCAUAAAAGUUGAUCCAUAAAUUCACUCAAGUAGAAAAUCAUAAUCACCUCUGCUGCUUUCAUGGCGCUCCUUUAAGAUUUUGUGUUCAGAAACCUGUUAGCUUCUUCUGCUACAGUCAAGCCAUUGUGAAACUGUAAGCAUCUGAGUUCUGUAUCUCAGAAUGACACCAGCUUUGAGCUGACAAGGUGAUUCAGUGUUUUAUAGGAACUAAGCAAUUCUGUGUGUAAUGGUGAGGAUUCAAAACUUGGAGCUGUUUCACUUUUAUGGCUAAAAUUGUAUUCCUUCUGUAAAAUGGAAGGAGGUUCACUGGACCUCAGGAGGAUAGUUUAGUCUUGUACAUGAAAAGUAAUGUUUUGAGUCAUUACCACAUUAUCAAUGGUUGGUAAGAGAGCUUUGUUUAUUAUAUGCGGUGUUUUAAGGGAGAAAUGUCCUGGUGAUAAAUACUCCAUUCUUUCAGUGAACAUUCCCCUAGAACAGGGGUCUGCAACCUGCGGCUCCGGAGCCGCAUGUGGCUCUUUUACAGCUUUGCUCCGGGGCGGAUACUAGCGAGGGGAGGAGGCGCAUUGUGCGCCCCGACACUCCCCACUGUGACAGGCGCUGUACUGGCUGUGACGUCGCAUGGGCGUGGUGCGUGCGUUAGUCACGCACCAUCCCGACGUCACCUUCCUGCCCGCUGUCAGAUCGCGGCUCCGGAGAUAUAUUUGUUUUAAAUGUCGCAAUGGUUUUGCGGCUCCCAGUUUUUUUUCUUCGGAAACGGGUCCAAGUGGCUCUUUUUCGCUUAAAGGUUGCAGACCCCUGCCCUAGAACAACAGUAGUUUGAAUAUAGAUAACAGGAAUAUGGGGGGUUUACCAAAUUUGCUGGUAACGUCAAGUUGUAGAUUUUGCAUGUUUUGGAUUAAGGCUAUAUAUGUACGCUUUGCUUGGUGCUGUUUCCUGAUAGCGUUUGUAAUGAAUAGUCCCUUCUGUUCUUUGAAGGGAUUCCUUUGUUCUCACUCAUAUACAAAAUUAAGAUUUUUAAACUGCUGUAGUUUUCUCUUGGGCAAAAUAUAGUCCCUUUUAAAUCUUAGCUUUGGGCUUGAAUAAACUGCAUGCUUGAGGGUUUAUUUGCAAGAAUGCUUCUAAUUCCAUAAAUUAAGAUGAAGAAGGAAUUUAGACAUUCAGGUUUCUUGAAACAGUGGUAAUAGCAGCAAGGUACUUGCUUUUCUUGUGUGUUCCCCAUGCUCUUUAUUCUGUAAACCCCUUGCUCUUGCCUUUGGAGGUUUUACACUGUAAGCUUCAUUUGCCGCUUGUCACUUUGCUUAAUACAUUGUGGAAAUGAUCUGUUGCUCACUCUAAAAUAUCAGUGAUAUUUGGUGAAAACUGCAUCUCUAAAUUAAGUGUUGCAUAAUCGAUUCCAGGAGACACAUAGAUAUAGGUGUGUGUGUUAUACACACCACACACACAAACAUUUGAAAAGUCCUCAGGUUCUGUAGAUUCUAAAUUGCUGCCCGAACCUCAAAUGCAUUUUAGCAGUGUGUUUUAGGACUCCUAUUUCAAGCUGCAUUUUACUACAGAUGCUUUGAAACUAGGCCCAAAGUUAUCUGACAAAUCAAGGAGCUUUCCUAAAAAAGUAAAACUGCUAGAUCACCUAAAUGCUGGUGGUUCAGAUUGUGUUCUUAAUUCCCAUAUGAUUUGGCAAAAGGUGGUAAUUGUGGCUGAAUGGCUUUUGGCAUUGAUACCUACUUGAAGGAGGUGAAAAAAAUCUGUUGUGAAGCACAGCAUCUGAUCAGUCCUAAGCAUAUGUUGUCAAAUCACUCCAUUUUAUGACUUUUAAAUUUUAAUUUUGUUUGUUAGACACUGUAUCUCAUGCUUCUGUGAUGGUCGACACUGAUCGGAAUGAGACUUUUCUUCCAUUCAGUAUUCCAUUGUCAUUCCGUUCCCCAUCUCCCCUCGUCUCUCUUCAAGCUGUCAAGGACAGGUAAAAUCACAUGUGAAUUCCUCACCCAUUACAUACUUUUUGUUUUGUCCAAUCAUUAAACAUUACUUGUAACUCAUGCCACAUUUUUCCAUGCUAGCCUUUGACUCCAUGAAACUAGGUAGCUGAAAAUGGGCUGGGGUUAAAAGUCUUUUCUUAAUCAUUAAAGGGCAUAAGAGUGUGGUGGGAAAGCUUACCUUAUCCUGGGUGGCUCAUGAAUCUUCAGCUGUUUACCACUAAUUUUAACAUGUGGGUCAUGCUUCUGCAACUGUGAAUGCUUUUCAUUAUCCUUCUUAACCUAGCUCUCCAUUACAAGUAUAACACUAUAUCAUCCCAAGUGGUGCCAGUUUAGAAUGCUUUGAGUGCUUAAAGGCAGCUGUAGGGUAUACAGAGCUAUCUAGUAAGGAUCCAGUGACUGACCCAUUGGUCAAUAAUAUCCUAAAUGGUGAGUUUUAAAACCAAUAGGAGCAUACAAUUAGCAUUAAAGUCAAAUAAGUCCUUUCAUGAUUGGAACCAGAUGCAGGGCACAAUCGAGGAGUUCUCAGACCAUGGAUUCAGGAUCGGGACAGGAGAUUUGAAAAGGGAUCGAUGCCAUUCGUGUAUAUAUAUAAGAAAGAUAUAGUUGAAGGAUCCCACCUCUGUAGGUUCCCAGCACUUACUGCUGUUUCAAACCUCAUAUCUGAUUAACUUUGAGGUCCUCAAGUUAUCAGGAUGUGUCCUGCUUGGAGGACUCUGCAGAAGACUCUUCUAAUUAUGAAUUUCAGCACAAGACAGAGAAAGCAUUACUGUGUAAGGCCAAUGGAGCCAUACUUACUUUCAGGUGAUAUGUGGAUGUCUCUUCAUUCCUGCAUUGAAAAAUUGGCCCUAGAACGGUCAAAUAAAAUACUGAAAUUUAAAAUAUGUUUUUAGUCCUUUCUAUUGAAUUGGCAAUGAAGAAAAAACCAAAAUGGCAAAGUAAAUGAAUAUGUCUUAAGGGGGGAAAGCAGAUUGCUUGCCUUUGGGCCAUAUAGUGAUGCUGCAUUUUAACAUUUUAGAGGCUGGAAACCACCACAACGGAAUUGAUAAUGACUAUUCUGAGGGUUGCUGUAAGACAGCCUUCCCCAUGACUUUGAUGGGAGUUAUACUCUAAAAUAACAGGAGGGCACCAGGUUGGUGAAUACUGUUUUAACACCACCUCACUCUCCAUCUUCCACUUGCACGAGAAGAGAGUGCCUGAAAAGGGCUAUAGUAUGAGAUGCGAAUUCUAACCUUCUUGACAUGAUGAGCUCAGACAAUUCAGUAUAAUGCACCCACAAUACUCAUAACUGUUGUUCGGGUUGAAAGUGGCUACAAAGGAUAAUGGAACAAAGAAAUAGUGGCUGUUAUAUUUUCCCUUUUGAAAAUAUAAAAGCCAGCAGCCAUCCGUAUCUAAUUAACUUCUUGCUUUACAGUUUUCAAAGGAGGAAUGGCCAUAUAGUUUUGGUAGUCCUUGGUAUAACCUAAAACAUAAUUUGCACCCAGCACAAUCCUCCAGUUAGAUUAACACAGUGUGUUCAGCAUGGCAUUUGCAGACUUUGCAGACUUUGGGGUUUUUCAUAAUGCCCAGAUGUUUCCUCUCUCCCACUUCCUUUUUUUCAAAAAAUUGGUCAACACUGAGCCUGAUGAAGAAUUCUGUACACUUGAAAGCUUUGUGAUAUUGCUUUGUGAUCAUAAUAAAGGUGUUGCUCUACUGCUAUUCCUAUUUUCUAAUGAUUGAACAUCUGUAUCCACCAGCAAUUUUUGCAUACAUGGGAGAAAACAAAUGCUAUAGUGUUGAUUACUCUCUUCUAUUUAAAAGAAACAAUUCUACAAUCUAACAUGCUAAAAAUUGUAUGAACAUUAUAGAAACAAUGCAUCUAAUCUUGGCUACACCAGCUCCCUGAUUUCACUUACCUUUGUUCAUUUAGACAUAGCCUAAGGCCCCAAAGGGAUGGAGGUGGUGCCGUGGGUUAAACCACAGAGCCUAGGACUUGCCGAUCAGAAGGUCGGCGGUUCGAAUCCCUGCGACGGGGUGAGCUCCCGUUGCUGGGUCCCUGCUUCUGCCAAUCUAGCAGUUCGAAAGCACGUCAAAGUGCAAGUAGAUAAAGAGGUACUGCUCCGGCGGGAAGGUAAACGGCGUUUCCGUGCGCUGCUCUGGUUCGCCAGAAGUGGCUUAGUCAUGCUGGCCACAUGACCCGGAAGCUUUACGCUGGCUCCCUCGGCCAAUAAAGCGAGAUGAGUGCCGCAACCCCAGAGUCGGUCACGACUGGACCUAAGGGUCAGGGGUCCCUUUACCUUUACCUUUAAAGCCCCAAAACAUGAAACAAAUAAAACUGGAAUGAAUGGUGUUCUUUCAGGUAUUAUGUUCAAUCUAGGAGUGCUGUUGCAUCAACAGUGUUAAGUGGGUAGAGCAUCAGAGAAGCAAGGAUUUGUAUUUGAAUUUUCCACUUUUUAGGUUCAACGUUUCCCUAAACCCAUAGCUUAAUCCCAGCAAUCGGCUAAUGUGGGGUACUAGUCCUUUUAGCCAUACUUUCUUUAAGCUUGCUUUAACAAUCCUAGAUCAACAUCGUUUAAUGUUCUAAAAUCUCUGCUUAUGCUGACCAAAAUAAUUUUGACUUGUACGCAAAGAGCAGCAACAUAUAUCAUCCAUCUUCUUGAUCUGCUUUAUAUAUCUGAAGAAGACCUGUGCAAGCUCUUGCUAUGAUAAAUUCUGAGGUGCCACACAACUGCCUUAAUCUAUGGCUUUUUCCUUUUUGGUGCUCAUACAAUGUUUACACUUAACUUACAGUGUUUCUAGCUUUGUACGUAAGACCACAGAAAAGAUUGGUACUCUUCAUGGGAGUCCUGAUAGAAUCAGACAGGACGUUAAAGAUGAAGAACAGCUUCCAGAAAUGACUGCUAGACUAGCCCAACCUCAAGAGGAAGGAGAAGAAGACGAAGAGUGAGUAAAAGCUCCUUUACCCUGUGCAGCAACCUUUUCCUUUCGACAGGGUGAUGAGGCAGGAAGAACAACUGCAUUAUUGGUUGACUCUUUAACUUGUCAUCAUGCAAAUGCAUUUCCGAAUCACCCAUUUCUAGUAACACACUGCAAUACUACCAAAAAGCAACCUUUGGCUAUUGGAAGUGGCACUGGAAUCCAGCCAUGCAUUUGACUUUGUGACAUGGGAAUACCAAGCUUACUAAGAAAGAUGUGGUUGGGGUAGGGUUUGGUAACAGAAAUAUAGUAAUAAACCCAUGCCCAGAAACACGCAUGGGAAUACAUGGUCAUCGUUUUUAGAUGAUGACAACAUAAUUCUGUAUUUGUAGUGCUGAAAAAUAUGUGAGCAGAGCCACCAAAGUGAAAAGAAAACGGAAAGGCUUUGGUGCUUUUAUACUGACCUGUCUUCUAGGUGGUAUAGAGUUUUACUGAAACAAACUUAGGAGUAAGACAGGGAAAUGUUUUUCAUUCCUCCCACUGGCUAUUAAAAUUAACUUUUUCUUUCAAGGCUUGAGCUGCAGAGCCAGCCUCAUGAAGAGGACCCCCUUAAAGACCUCGGGGCAGCAACUAUGGAGACCCUGUAAGUAAGGCAUCAAGUGUUCUGAGGAUGCAAUAUGCAGAGCAGGGAGAAGAGAACCUUGAGCUCUUUAUCGAGCAGGGGCAGGAUCGAAAUAUAUUAAAAACAUUAGUAGAAUAUUUUGUGUAAUUUAUAUUUUUAUUUAUAAAAAAGAUUUAUAUACCGCUGUAUUGUAAAGAUAUAUCACAGUAGUAUACAACAAUACAAAAACCAUAAAACCAAACAGGCAAAUAAUUAAAAAGUUAAAAACAAGUUAAAAGCAAAAAGAGGUGAAAAUCAAACACCAGUAUAUUCCUGAUCCUUAAUUUCCCCAUCCUUGAUGGUUGCCCACCUCUCAUUCUCAUGAUGCUGCCAUGAUGUCAGGUGGCUUAACUUCAAAAGAAAGUAUCAGGAGGACACUCGCAGGGGUGGUUUGGAUUCAUGCGGUGGCUGAAAAUGAAGAUGGAUCUGUUCCCCUUGGAAGCUUUGGCUGAAAUUUCCAGAGUAGAGCCAAUCUGGUUGUAAGUCUCUUUGGGUUGCCUUGGGCAAGAUCAAGUGACCAACAAAUUUACUAAAGCACCAUCACCAUCCCAGGGGGCUUAGUACCCAGUUUGAAAGGUCCUCCUUGCAGAGUGUACUCUUAAUACUCCUGAUUGUUCCUUUGCAGCCAUGCCUUUCUCUGCUACACAUGUGAUGUUGGGUGUGAUGCAGGUGGGCAUUGUUGGGGGUAGGGGAAGCCUCACAGCCUAAAUUAACAUACCUGCUGGGCCUAAUUUAGCCUAUGAGCUACAGAUUCCCCAUGCCUGUUCUACGCAGAUGAAAGUUGACUGUUAUUAAAACUGUGCGUGAGGUAAUGCUAUGUUAAUAUUUCUCCAUACACUGUAAUACUAGUUCUUAGAAAAGUAGCUUACUGUUACAUUUAGGAUUUAUCUGGAAGUUUAGGAGCCAUGGUUAUUAACUCUGGAACAUCAAAGCUGGCUAAGAUGGGGCUAUGAAAGUCCACACAAACCUUCCAUUCUCCAAAAUGACUCAUUGUGUUGCUUUUGCACAUAUGCGGAACAAAUUUUCCAUGUAGCUGUAUUGUAGGAAAGGUGGACUGAACUGUGCACAAAAUAUUAAUUGUGGGUUGCAAUCCUAAAAAUGCAUAUAAGAGAUUCUUUAUGAGAACUACAAUGUUGGCAGUAUAAUUUGCUUUCUUUUUCUUGUGGGUAUAAAAUCAAAUUGUAAGUUUGCAUAUUUCCUUUUUGCAGAACCAGACUUCAGGAUCCACUAGUUUUGUUACAGCCACAGUACUUGAGAGCAGUUUUGCUAAACUGGAUUCCAUUUCUGGAAAAAACAUUUAGAUUCGAGGCACCUGCUGUUUUGGAUGAGAGCUCAUCUAAGAUAGACAAUGAGAUGCCUUUGCAGCCUGAAGACCAGCAAGUUUUCAAAGAAAAUGUGGAAAUGCCUCAACAUGAUGAAUGUGCAGAUAUGGAACAGUUGCCUGUCUUGAGAACAAACUAUGAAAAUGAUGAUGUAAAUAAAGAACAAGAUGAUGCCUGGGAAGAAAAUACCAAGCCAAAUAGUAGCAGUCAUAUUGAUAAAAUACUGAGCAAACAUCCGAAGUCGGAAACCACAUUUAACCAUUCUUUUCAGAUUCAUUCCCCAUGUUUCAUACCAGAGAAUAUUCAGAAAGAUCUGGUAGAGCUGGCAACUUUAUGUUUUGAGUUAAAUGUAUAUGAAUAUUCACAAAGUAAUGGUGAACAGUGUGUGCAGCCAGAAGAUUCAGAUGCCUUGGCUUGUAGAUUCAUAAAAGACUACUUUUUUCUUCUGGAUCUGGAAAGGCUGAAGCAAUGUAUUAUAACCUGUCAUAGCAAUCAUCCUAGAGUUUGGGAAACCUAUGUGGAAGGAUUAAAAGGUAAGCAUGGCCAUCAGUCAUGGAUGCUUUAGCUGAGAUCCCUGCAUUGCAGGGGGUUGGACUAGAUGUCCCUUGGGGUCCCUUCCCACCCUACAGUUCUACGAUUCUCAAGUUGUAUGAAUUCACAGUGCAGUUCUAUACACACCUAACUUGAAGUAAGUCGUAUUGAACUCAUUGGGGCUGAUUCCAGGCAGAUCUAUGUAAGAUUGAACUGUCGGAGGAUCUUGUGUCUGUCAUUGUGUUGAAGCUUUAUAUAGAAUUUGUUCAAAACGAAAUUUGUUGAAAAUACUUGCAAGCUGAAAUAUGGGGCAUGCUGUCUGGGGUUUUCCAUGGCAAUUAGCCAUGAUGGCUAUGCUCUGCCUCCACAGUUGGAAUUACAGUUGGAGGCAGUAGUGCUUCUGAAAAGUAGUUGCUGGAAGCACAGAAGGGGAGAGUGCUCUUGCGCUCAAAUCCCACAGGCAUCUGGCUGGCCACUGUGAGAGCAGGAUGCUGGACUAGGUGGACCAUUGGCAUCAUACAGUGGGCUUUUUAUAUGUUUACUCCUAAUUAACAUUAAUGCAGUUGAAAGCUUUAUCUAACUCCCAUUCAUAAAAGUAAAAUCCAAUUAAAAUAUAUCCUGAAUUACAUUGUCUGAUUUUUUUCCUUGUUACCGUUUAUCUCUUAAGUGUUUCCCCCCUCCCCAAUUCAAUGUUUAUGUGAAAAUUAGCACGUUUCCUGUUCUUAAUGUUACUUUUCAAUAUAGUUGUUGUUACAUGUAAAAUUAUUGGUUUCAGAACUGACUCGGACUAGUCCAGUCACUAUGGCCCUGGAGAAUGGAGAUAUGUUUAGAAUACUGAAAUUGCUAGUGGAUCUGGGUCCCUGGGAUGCUCCUGUGUUGCUAGCACAUGUCCUAAGGUAUUCACCAUUUGACUUAAUUGGACUACAUCUUAUUUAAUACUAGGCUUGCGUAUGUAGUCACUCUUCAGAUCAGUCUUCUUGCAUUUUUACUAAUGGGAGGCGGUUUCAUACUUGCAUUUUCUCGGGCUGGCCCAUAAUAUUUCAUUACCUGAGGUGAAGGUAAUUACCCUUUCCCAUUAUAUGUAGAGAAGCUGACUUAAUUCAGCACUGAUGAUGUGACUGUCCUUCACAACACCUGAGGCAGUAUGGUGGGAAAAACAUGUCUUAUAGCAGCCAUAGCUCUGUAGUGUCCAGCAGAGAGGAAGGGUCAGAAGCCUUUUGAGGAACAGCCCUGGAGCUGAUGGUGCUGCUCCCAACAUCUGCUCACUUUGCUCAGUGCAGGUGUGGGGAACCUCCCCCCCCCCAUGUUGUUGAACUACAACUCCCAUCAAUUCCAGUAAUCGUGGUCAGCAGCCAGGAAUAGUGGGAGUUGUAGUUCAGCAACAGCCAGAGGUCCAAAGGUUUCCCACGUUUGGCGUAAUGUUAAGACUGACCCUUGUUUCCACAAUCUAGUUUCAGGCAAGCUGCACUAGUAUUGUGAUAAACCUUGCAGUUAUACAGGGUGAGUCCUUUAAAAGAGGCCCUGUGGAUACAGAGUACACAUGUUCUAUGGGGCCUCUUUUAAAAGUCUCGCCCUGUAUUUGCAGUGUUAGCUAUGUUUAAAUGUGUGGAUCAAUACCAUGCUAGUAAAUAAUAAUUCUGAGAAUUGUUUUCUUAAAUAAGUGUGACUUUUGUGUCGUCUCUUGUUCUCAUACAGGCUUUAUGAAAAAUUUGGAGAAACUUCGCUAAGGCCCCUGAUCAAGUUUUGUCCCUCUAUUUUGCCUUCAGAUAUCAAGCAAAUUUGUAAAAGCAAUCCUCAGCAUUUCCUGGCAUAUUUAGACAGUCUAAUCAAAUCAAGGGCUGAAGAUGAACGGUAUAUAUUGUACUCUCUUACUCUGUGGAACAAAAGUUAAGGAAUGGGAUGCAUGGAAGUAAUAAUUAGGGUAGCGGUGAAAGGUGGACUCUCAUUAGAAGAUUUUAAACAGUGGUCAUAUGUCAGGGAUUCUUUAAUUUCUGCAUCGUGGGAGGUUGGACUAGAUGACCCUUGUGGUUCCUUCCAAUUCCACAAUUUUAUGAUUCUAAAAUAUUUGUUGCUUCUUAAUGACAUUAGGUCUCUGAGAAGGGAAAUAAUAUCUUGAGUGGGUAGUAACUUAGCAAAAAAGCCCUGCAUACAUCAAAUUUAUGACAUGGUUAUUUGAGAAAUUUUUAAUACAGUAUGGUUGUAUACAAUAAGGCAUUAAACAUUUCUUUUGGCUCUUUAGAAUUGGAUGAUAAUUUCUUUUUAAAAGGCAGCACUACUUAAAUGACAUUCAAGUAUGCCAUAUUGUGAAACUAGUCCUAGUUGCUUGUAUGUUGUAAAUCCUUUUUAUUGCCAGAAUGCACAUAUAAUUAGCGGAGAACAAUCUCUUUCUAGGCUGUCCUUCCUGGGAUCUCUUCUUCAUCCUGAGUCAUUACGAUUAGAUUGGUUAUCUUUGGCAGUUUCUCAAGAUGCCCCACAUACAGCAAGUACAAUGGAUGCCCAAGGAAAUCCACGGUAUGAAUAGCGUUUGACUCAAGCUUGCUGUUCGUCCACACUUCAUAAUUGUAUUCACAUUCCUAAAGGCAUUAUCUUUUGACAGUCACAAGGACAGUCACAAGAUCACCCAGCAGUCUUUUAGCUUCAGGAGAGAGAACUGAGACAGAAUGCAUGAUAUAUAAUUGAUUUGGAUAACCUUGCUCUGUGUGGGGGUGGGGAAUUCUAUUAUACGAUACAUCUUUACUUAGGACAUGGAAGGGAUGGGAAACCCUUGGCCCUCUAUAUGUUGUUGGACUCCAACUCGUAUUAGUCCCAGACAGCAUGGCCAGUGAUCAAGGAUUAUGUUAUUAGUUGUUUAUUAAAUUUAAGUUCUGUCCUUCCAGAGAAGCCCAGGGUGAUAAGCGCACAGCUAAAAAACGUAAUUCCAGUACAAAUGAAGAUUGGUAAAGAUCUCUACUUAAAAGGUACAGUCGUACCUUGGAUCUCGAACGCCUUGGCUCCCAAACAAAUUGGCUCCUGAACGAUCGAAAGCCGAAAGCAAGUGUUCCGGUUUUCGAAUGUUCUUUUGGAAGCUGAACGUCUGACGGGGCUUCCGUGGCUUCUGAUUGGCUGCAGGAAGCUCCUGCAGCCAAUCAGAAGCCGCGCGUUGGUUUCCGAAUGUUUUGGAAGUCGAACGGACUUCCGGAAUGGAUUCUGUUCAACUUCCAAGGUACGACUGUAUAUUUAACAGUGGGGAAUUUGUUGGGAGUAGUCCAACCUCAUGUUCCCCUCCUUAAUUUAAAGCAGCAUGCAUGAAUCUCCCCUUAAUAUUGGCAGUGUUUUGAUUCAAAUUGAAACAAACUUGUGUUAUCUAUCAUUUUUUAAAAAGUCUUAUGUAAUUUCCCUAACUUUUUUUUUUUUGCUUUUGCUUUAAUACUUUCAGGCCACGUUCACAUUUAUUUACUUGGGGCUAUAACCAACUGAUCUUACUAUUGCUUAAACUCCCAGCUGACACUGUAAUGAAAGAGAAGAUGUCUGACAUUUGCAAAAGCUAUGGGUAAUGUAGAAGUCCUUGGUAAAAUUAAUGUCUUUGAAACUUUGUUACCUAAGAGGGCAUGUUUCUCUCCCUUGGUUUCACUUCAUUAAGUAAUAGUCUAGUCUGUUCAGCUUUAGUUAUCCAGAGUAUGUGUUAUGCACUUGCUCAAUCACACUCUUUGUGUGUGUUCACAGCCAGUGGCUUUCUGGCUGGAGUACAUAUUUAAUGUGCUUUUUGCUUUCAGGUUUGCUGCCUGCCUGCCUACCUCUCCUUCCAAAGCCUGCCAUAGCACUGAGCAGCAGUAAUAAAUAAUGAAGCUGCAACUGCGAUUCAGUUAAAACGGGCCUGGGGAACCUGUGGCCCUUCCAGUGGUCAGCCUCUGGGGGCCCCAGAUUCCCCAUCCCUGAGUUAAAGCUUACCUGCCUAUUCUCUCUUCCCCACUCCACAGCAUAAAUAUCCAUUCCUAGAAUUGCGUACAUGGGCCUGUUGGGGGUGAUGUAGUAACACGAAAGUCUUGCAUUCUGUUUUCUGCUGAAGAAGAGAACAACUGAGAAAUGGUACUGAGAAUAUACAGUCUGCAGCAGCGUUUUGCCUUUGUCAAAAUUCUUUAUAAACCCCAGCUAGAGGUUAAGUAGCUGACAACUUUGUGGAAUGAAUAAAUUUUACCCAAGAAGUACAGAAUUCUGAAAAUGUUAAUGUACUUCCAAGUUCCAUAUAAAUCUGUUGGAUUUGGGUUCUCAGCUGUGAAUUUAGGUUCCCUUCAUUUCAUUUGACCCCAGGGCUCUUGGUUGCAACUCAUGGUUAGUGAAGAGAGAGAUUAACCACAAACCCCUGUUCAGAUCAAUGACACACUAAGCCAAAUGUUGACUUGGCUUGAUGCGGCAUCAAAAAGGACCAGGCAGAAGUGAAUUUGGAUGUGAGCUCCGCUGUCUUGCUAAGUCAAGAUUUGUUAUGCUCCCAGAAACCAACUAACUAGAUUUAUUUAUUUUAAUUGAAGAGGGCCUCCCAGCUGGAUUUGAUUUCAUAACUUUUUUUAUUUAAGAUAUUGGUUAACAUGGAGGUGUAUGUGUUCUGUGUUAAGGGGGAAUUGGUGCUGUUGCUAUUAAUAGAUACUGAGAGGUGUGUAGUGGGUCAUUAUUCUCCUGAAGAUAGGCAUGGAAUAUGGAUUUAGACGUAUGCUGUUGGAGCAUCAAAAAUGACAAUAUAAUACUGCAUAUUAUGCUGUGAUCUAAACUAGUAACUCUUUGUUCAGUGAGAGGAGACAAAAGGAAGCUCAUCUUCUCAGUGAAGGUUGUAGUAUAUUGAAGUGUCAGUCAGAUUAUAAUUACUCAUAAUAAGUAUUUACUUUUGGUUUGUGAAACUCUCCGUAAUAUUGUUACAGCUUCUGGCCUGGAUAUCUUUCUCUCUGUUUGGAGCUGGAUAGAAGACCUGAAGCCCUUACCCAUAUUGUUUGUUUGGAUGAUAUGAACUUGUUGGAUAGAGAACAUGGUUUGUAAAACUUAAUUUGAUUCUUGAGUGGAAUUCCAUAUUCUCUACUUGUACUAACUAGUUUUGACAUAUUUUUAUUUAUCAAUUUUUUAAAUCAAAGUCCGUAUAAAACAGUUUAACAACAAGAACAAAAACAAGCUAUGGAAGUAAUCACCCCAAGUGCAUUUCUGGCAGGAAAAAAAUAAAAAAUAAACCACAUUGUUACCAUGCAUCCUUUUUUUCACUGCAAUUACACCUAAACGUACUGUAGAACACCAGUAUUGUGCACACAAUAAAAUGUGGCAUUUCUGCUACAUUGUUUUGCCCUCUUCUACAUUGGCAACUUGUGAAUUUUGAAAAACCUUUUAUUUAUUAUUUUUGCUUAUUUAAAUUUAAUCAGACUCUCUCUUCAAUUUGUGUUUUGUGUUCCAGUAUAAUGGAGAUAGUGUUGCUGUGACAAUUUAAUGUGCCAUUCUAUCCUGCAGCAAAUGCAGUUAAGUGUCCAUCAUUGGAAACUUCCAUCCUUCUUCCUGUCUCUUGCGUACAUGCUCUCAGUGUCACCUGCUAUCUACUCUAUUAUUCUGUCCAUGAAUCUCCCCACCCCACCCCAACCAUGGGUCCUCUAGUAUUUUGGGGUUACAAUUUCCAUCAUCCCCAGACCCAGUGGUCAAGGAUUAUGGGAGUUGCAGGCCAACAUCAUCUAGGGACCUAAGAUUGGCCUGGGCUGGCCUGCUUAAUUUAACUCACACCAUCGAGUCCUACAAAGCAAUCUGGUUUGUAUCUCUAAAUCAUUUCCUUUUGCAUUUAGGGGCAAUUCCAGAAACAAUGGAAGAAUGGAAAUUCCUUCUUUGCCUUGUGAAGAGUCAUUGCAGUAGUGUUCCUCAUCCAGCUAUGCAAAAUGGCGGUGCUGUUAGUAAUGGUGAUCCGAAUUGGCCAAAUAGUGUAACAGUUGAAAAUGUGGCUCUGCUGUUGGCCAGAGUAAUUGGUCCCGAUCGUGCCUUGCAGCUGUUGCAGGAAUGCGGCCUGAUGGUUGAAUUAUCUGAAAGAUUUGCCAAGGUCUGUGAGAUACUAAGAAUUGCUGAAAAAAGACAAAGGUAAGUCUUCUGAUAAUGGUCUAAAAUUGGUUGUGUCAAAAGGUAAUACUGUGUCAUGAUUAAGUGUUGCAUGUUCAAGUAGCUAUAAGCCUUCAGGCUUGCACACACUCCAUGUGCCAAGAUUGGAACCUUCAUACUUCAGUUAAUGGCAAACUAUAGCAUUGCAUCCAGAUGUGGUACAAGCUAUAGUUUACUGAAACCAGAAGCAAGGAUGGUUAGAAAUUCUCUUUCACAAAAUUCAUAGAAUAGCCUAUACUGGCAUGGGAUGGCCCACUUCUGUAUAAAUGAAAUGAACAGUCAGAAUAAUAGAGCCAGUGUGGUGGUGUGGUUAAGAGCGGUAGUCUCGUAAUCUGGGGAACUGGGUUCGCGUCUCUUUAAACAACCAGAAGUUGUGGUAGUAGCAACCUGCAGGGCAGACAAGCGUAAAGUUACAUUUAUGAGUUAAUAAACUUGAUGAAAUUUGCUGUGUAAAGUUAGUCCCCAAUUUCUUUAUAAUAUCUCUUUUCUCUUAUGUGUUCACUUUUGUUGCAGAGCCCUGAUUCAGUCCAUGUUGGAAAGAUGUGACCGAUUUUUGUGGUCUCAACAAGCAUAGCAAACAAAUGACGGAAAAUGAUAGUAGUAAGAAGCAUGUUCCUCUUGUGCUGUGCCAUUUUUCCAGCAAUGCUUUCCUGUCAAAGUGAAGAUGCAUUUAGUCAGAUUUGCAGAAAAAGUGAUAACGAAGCUCCUUUUUCUACUGGAUUUCCGUCAUUCAGUAAUUGAAUGCAUGUUUACCCAAUACUUCUAACGAACAAUUGUAAUGCUGCUGCUUGCUCAGCAAGAAUGCUUGUGCAUGGUAACCCCUUUGAGCUACUAGCAUUAAGUUUAGAUGUGAAAACUGGAUUCUUUAUGUAGGAAGCAGUGCUUCCCAUUCAGCAUAUAAAUUUCAAAUGACUAACUUCCAUCACAUUUCUAGCAGAUUGCCAUUUUCAGAAAGCUGCAUAUAAAUGAAUGUAAUUGCAGGGACUAAGUGUAUAAUAAUUGAGUUGAGUUAAAACACUUUUAAUAUAACUUUUGAUUCAUUGGCUGAAGUAAAAGGGUGUUAAAACAAGUAUAUAAUCUCCAAAUAUUUAUAACUAUAGCACUGUGGAAUUUUACAAGUUUUAUUCCGAAUUUGAAGUGAUAAUCAACAGAACUGAGAUUCCAGUAGUUAAAUGUAAACACUGGCAGAACUUGCAUAUAUUAAAAAUGGUGUUUAACAUAAUAUUUUGGCGUUUUAAGAGUUUAUAUAAUCCUGUAUACUAUGGCAUAGUGCUCUCUCAUUGCACACAUCCUAAAGAAAAUAUUUUGCACUGUUUUUUUGUUUACAUCCUUGCACAAUGCAUCCUGUGCAUGCAUGCUUGGAAACAGUUCCCACUGUUCAAUACAGCUUAUGCCCAAGUAUGCACGCAUAGGAUCCUGUUCAUCAAAUCGGUAUAAUAAUAUACUUUUCCUUCUAAAUCUAGGUGUUGGGUUGUUGUUUUUUGUAAUGCUUGACUGUUUUCAGAAAUGAUGUAUUAACAUUUCUGUUAAUACUACCAUUGGAUAUUUGAUCAAGAUAUAUGCACGUAAUUUGGUUUCCAUUUGUAUGUUAAGAUUAUUUAAUACUGGAUGCUUCAUUUUUGAGAAGGCUUGGAUCCAAAGCAGUUUGCAGUUAUUUCUCCUGGUGCAAAGGGGGCCUACUUGCUUCUCCAUCUGGCAGUAGCUCCCCACAUCUUUUGAAAAAAGAUCUGCGGAAAGUUGGGGGGGAUCCUCUAGAUUGGCCUUUUGGGGGAAUGGAAAGCACUGCAGUAAUUUGUUGGGGGUGGUGAUGGUGGAAUCGGCAACUUUCCCACACCACGCACGUAAAAUAGUGCUUUUUUUCUAAUGCACUGAGGUGGUUUGACUCAAAGUCCAUGUAAAUUGUGCCUAUUAGAUAUUGGGUGAUAUCUAACAUUAGUCAUACUCAAGGGAGACACCGAGUAUGACUUCAUUGAAUGGUACCCAUUGUUCUUGUAUUAAAUAUGUUAGAACUAUGCAGUUUUCAUACAUUACUAGUGAUUUAUUGAAGCUUGGAAAUCAGGGCUAGAGAAAGGUUACAGAAUUGUGUAAUAUUAUUAUAGUCCUUCAGCUGAAAACCGAAAUGUCACAAUUGCAUCAACUUGUAUACUCAGGUUUACUGUACAGCUUGUACGGACUUACACAUAAUUUAAUACUACUGAGUUCUUCUUUCUUAACUUACAUGCUUGAGGGCCUUAUAUAUAUUUUUAGGACACAGCUCAAAGAGUCUUGUUGGCCAUGUGCAAAAGCUUGAUUCUCCACAGUAUCUUCUUAGACCUGUGCUGUUCCCCUGAAUUUUUUGGCAGGUUUCAUUAGUGCUGUGGAGGCUACUUCCAGAAGCCCAGCUGUGUGUAGAGUUCACCCUCCAGCACUUUGAAUCUGGGCCUUAUUUUUAAAUGGAUGUUUACUACCUCACAUUGGGGGUGGGGGGAUAGCCAGUGUGCUAAUUGUGCUCAGAGUAGACUUAAGUCCAUUGAUUUUGACAGGUCCAUUCUGAUUAUAACUUGGUUGGAUAUCACUUGGUUGGUUUUUGGAUUUUUUUUAUUAAAAAGAAGCACAAAAUCAUGAAAUGGUACUUUUCACACAGGUUUUUUUUUAAGAGAAUGUGAUGUGGGACAACUAAAAGUUUAUGAAACAUUGUUUUGCAUUUUGUUACAGCUUAACAAUUUGUAUUUUUAAAAAUAAUUUACUUGCAAGUAUACUUUAUUUUUUAGUCACUGUUCAUGUUUAAACAGCUUUAAAACAUUGCUUGUAACCAAACAGCUUUGUUUGUGCCUUGUUCAUGUUUUUGUUAAUCCAGAUUUUAAUAAAAAUUAAUAUAUCUUACUCAACGUUUUGCUCAUUUUUCAGUAACAUUGGGGAUGUAAAAAGUUGAUUGGCCAUAAAAUAUUAGUUUACAUGCUGGAAAAUAAAGGAUAUACAAUCAGUU